AUGAAACGGAAAGUUUCGGUGUACGAUUCUUCUAAGGAUAAGACACUCGGCCAGGUGGUGAAAGGCGAAUCUCCGAUAUGGAUUCGUGUAGCUAUGGCUAUUCUUCGAGUCUGGUUUUUCAUAUACGAUUGCCUCAAUUAUCUCCCAUAUCAGUUGUUCAAUUCACCAACUGAGAAACUACGCAAAUCUGAACGUGUCAAGGCAAAUUGGGUGGAAGAUCGUGAUGGGCCAAUCCGCAACGUCCAAGGACAUGCUUCGGAAACAUUCCCAGGAAAAGACACAAUCGAUAAAGUGUGGAGAAAGUGUGUUGAAUUGUACGAUGAAUCACCUUGCCUGGGAACUCGACAGCUCAUUGAGGUUCACGAAGAUCAACAACCAGGAGGUCGUGUCUUUGAAAAAUGGCACCUGGGAGAGUACGAGUGGCAAAGCUACAAGGAGGUUGAAACGAAAGUUGCUCGUCUGGCUGCUGGAAUCAAAGAUCUUGCCAAUGAGGAAAAGAAUCCUAAAGUGGUUAUUUUUGCUGAGACUCGUGCCGAUUGGCUCAUCACCGCUCUGGCAUGCUUCCGUGCAAACGUAACGAUUGUAACCGUGUAUGCCACUUUGGGAGAAGAUGCAAUCGCUCACGCAAUUGGAGAGACAGAAGCUACGUUCUUAGUGACUUCAUCAGAACUUCUACCAAAAAUCGUUACUCUCGGAAAGAAAUGCCCAACCUUGAAGACAUUGAUCUACUUUGCUCCAGUGAAUGCGAAAGGGCCUGCUCCAGAUUUAACUCCCUUCCGUGACCAAUUCAAGCAUGUUCUCUCACUCAACGGACUCCUUACUCGCAACGAAGAACUAGUUAAAGAAUCAACGGCAAUCAAGUCAGAUAUUGCUCUCAUUAUGUACACAUCAGGAACAACCGGACAGCCAAAAGGAGUUAUCCUUCUUCACCAGAACGUUGUUGCUGCUAUGUUGGGACAAGGUGAUGGAGUCGGAAUCAUCUGCAACACUGAUACCUACAUCGGAUAUUUGCCACUUGCUCACAUUCUCGAGUUGGAUGCUGAAUUGACUUGUUUAACAAAGGGAGCAAAGGUUUUAGUUUUUUUUCAGGUCGGAUAUUCUUCACCACUUACACUUCACGAUCGCGCUUCGAAGAUUCAAAAAGGAACACACGGUGACUGUCAUGCUCUUCGCCCAACUUUGAUGGCUGCUGUCCCAGCUAUUAUGGACCGUAUUUUCAAGGCAGUUUCGGAAGAAGUAGCUGCAUCUCCAAGAUUUAUGCAAGAGUUGUUCAAGUUGAACUACGAGCGCAAGCGUUCUAGAUACUUGGAAGGAUAUUGCAGCCCAUUCCUUGAUCGCAUUGUCUUCAAGAAAAUUCGCAGACUUUUGGGAGGAAAACUUCGCGGAGUUCUGUCUGGAGGUGCCCCACUGAAUGCUGAAACCCAACGCUUCAUGAAUAUCUGCAUGUGCUGCCCUGUUGUUCAAGGAUACGGACUCACCGAAACCUGUGGUGCCGCUUGUGUCGCCGAUAUCAACGACUUGAGCACAGGAACCGUUGGACCACCAGUCAGAUGUUCGGAUAUUGCUCUUCGUGAAUGGCUAGAAGGAGGUUACUCACCAUUCAAUGACCCACCUCAAGGAGAAAUCUUGAUUUCCGGAGAGAACAUUUCUCCAGGAUACUGGAAACAGCCGGAGAAGACUGCCGAGGACUUCAUCACAUACAAAGGAAAAGUUUAUUUCGCUACUGGGGACAUCGGCCAAAAGAGAGAUGACGGUUCGCUUACGAUCAUUGACAGAAAGAAGGAUUUGGUUAAGCUUCAGCAUGGAGAGUAUGUUUCGCUUGCAAAGGUUGAAUGUGCACUUCUUAACUGCCCAAUUGUGGACAACAUCUGCGUAUAUGGAUGCGGAAUGGAAGACAGUGUUGUAGCCCUAGUUGUACCAAAUCAGAAACACCUGGAGAAAAUCGCUGAAACCGAGAGAGUUUCCACCAGUGAAUUGAAGACUAUGUGCGAAGACAAGAAAGUAGUAGCCGCUUACAAGAAGCAACUCGAGGAGCACGCAAAGAAGAGUAAACUAUCGCGCACCGAAAUUCCUGCUGCAAUCCAUCUUUGUCCCGAUAUCUGGACACCGGACAGUGGUCUUCUCACAGAAGCUCUCAAGUUGAAGAGAAAGCCGAUUCAAAAUGCCUACCAGAAGACACUUGAUGAUCUAUACAAGCAGCUUAAGAAGAACUAA